GCAUCUUCUAGCAAAAGCGCGUGGCAACCUGAACGUGCUGUCUAACUAUUUCAAUUCAAAUUUCUUAUAAUACUUAUAAACAAAGUGGAAAACUUGUAAAAUAUUUAUGGAGUUCAUUGAUUUGCUUUGAUUCAGGAAAAGUGAAUAAAAAUGAGUAAAGCAUAUUCAGGAGUCGACGAACUUACCCUUAAAAUAAAGACAAAGUCAGGUGAACAAGAGGGUACCCAAAAGAAGACCUUUACAAAAUGGUUAAACAUACAGUUUAGCAAGGCUCGUGCGAACGCUGAAGUGAAGGAUAUUUUCAAAGAUCUUCGAGAUGGCACCAAACUCAUUCUUCUUCUCGAAAUUUUAACUGGAACAAAAGUUAAACGAGAAAAAGGACGAUUGAGAGUUCAUCAUCUUAACAAUGUUGGUCAUGCAUUGAAUUUCCUUGCUUCACAAAAGGUUAAACUUGUUAACAUUCGUAAUGACGACAUUGUCAACGGCAAUCCUAAACUGACGCUAGCGUUAUUGUGGUGCAUUAUUUCACAUUAUCAGGUGAGCGAUGUUCUGCGUGAGGUUGUUGGUGAUUAUGUACAAGAUAUGUCUAAAGUUGAAAAGACACUUCUUGCUUGGUGCAAACAAUCAACUAAAGGUUACGAAGGUGUAAACGUAGUUAACUUAACAACAAGUUGGAGAAAUGGACUUGCAUUUAAUGCUCUCAUUCAUCGUCACAGACCUGAUCUGUUUGACUAUAAGCCGUUACUAAGAAACAGCUCCGGAAAUCUUGAGCAUGCGUUCAAAGUUGCUCAUACACAUCUUGGCGUAGGAAUGUUACUGGAACCAGAAGAUGUUGACAGAGACCAGCCGGACAAGAAAUCAAUCAUGAUGUAUUUAACAGCAUUGUUUGAUACACUCCCUCACAAAGAGAUCGUUUUGGAGGAUUCCAGUGAACUGAGCAGCACCUCGACAGAAACUAUACAGAGCUCUCGUUUGAUCAAAGUUUCUCAAAGCAAAUACGAGGCGGAACCCGGCGAAGAGACAACAUCAUCAAUUGGAGAAUGGGAGGAUUAUAACGAGACAUUGACUGAAGUUCUUGCAUGGCUAGAGAAAGCAGAGAAACAGUUGAACAGUCAAGCAAAGAUCUCAGAUGAUGUCGAUGUUGUGAAGGAUCAGUUUCAUGAUCAUGAGUACUUCAUGAUUGACUUGACCAAUCAUCAGUCAAACAUUGGCAGCGUGUUGGAGUUUGGAAACCAAUUGAUUAGUGAAGCAUUAGUUGGAGAGAAGGAAGAACAUCAGAUUAGAGAGCAAAUGAUCAUGUUGAAUGAUCGUUGGGAGGCAUUGAGGCUGGCUGCUAUGGAUCGACAAAGCAAGUUACAUGAGCAAUUGAUGGAUUUACAGCAGAAACAAAUCGAUGAGCUAGCGUCGUGGCUCACAUCUGCUGAGGCUAAAAUUGAAGGCAGUGCUCAUGUUGGCUCUGAUACUGAAACUGUUCAACGACAAAUUGAAGAUCACAAGCGUUUCCAAGAAGACCUUGAAGCACAACAACAGAAAGUGAAUUCACUGACCCAUAUGGUUGUCGUAGUUGAUGACAAUGCUAAUGAUAAUGCCACAGCUGAACUUGAGGAACAGUUGGGGAUACUAGGGGAGAGAUGGUCGAGUGUUUGUAAAUGGACCGAGGAAAGAUGGGAACUAUUGCAAGUGUUGCAGAUGAGUUGGCAACAAUAUUUAGUCGAAGAAAGUCGUCUAAAUGAAUGGCUAACAUCGAAAGAACAAGAAGUUAACGAAAUGAACAAGAUUGACGCAAGUGACAUUGAUAAUGUUCACAAAACAAUAAAACAACUGCAGAGAUUAGAACUAGAGAUGGCUAAACAACAGACGUCUUUCCAAGAUUUCAACGAUGCUGCUCAAAAAGUUGCCGAAAAUGUCGAUGAAGAUUCUGCUUCAGUUAAACAGAUACAAGAUCAGAUGGAGGAUUUCAAUGAAAGAUGGAAUGCUCUUACAUCUCAAGUCACUCAACGUAUAUCACUGUUGAAAGGACUUGACAUAAAACUGACUCAAUUGAAAAAAGAAAUUGAUGAUAGUGUACAGUGGAUGAAAGAUACUCAGACUUUACUUAAUUCACCAAUGGCUGAACCAACUAAAGUUUCUUCAAAAGAGCUUGAAGAAAAGAAAGAACUUAUUCAGUCAUUAGACAACGCCGUAAAGAAACGUAAGACAAGCAUUACCAAAGUAAUAAACAAAGCCAAAGAGAUAAUUGCUGAAACCAAGAGUGUUUCUUAUCGCGCAACGACUGUGGAACAAUUAUUGGCAGACUUUAAUUCUCGUUGGGAGAAAUUGUGUAGUUUACUAGACGAAAGAAAAAAUCGAUUAAAUCAAGCUACGAAAGACCAGAAAGUCAGUUAUAUCAUUGAGAUCAUUACAACUCUUGAAGUGAUUAUUAUUGAGGCCGAAAAGGAACUUGAUCGUAUGGGACAGAUUCCUGACGACGAGUUGAGAAUACAAGAACAGAAGAAAAUCAUUAAGCGAAGAGAAGAGGAGCUUCUUUCAAAACAGAAGGAGCUCGAUGAUUUGACUGCAAAAUAUUCUGAUCUAGAGGAAAAUGAGAGAUCGGAAGAGGUUGAAAGAAAAAUGACUCGAUUUAAAGAAAAAUGGUCCAAUGUUCUUACCUUAAUGGCAAACAAAACAAAAACGCUAAAUGUCGCUUUGGAAUCUGGUCCACCACAACAGUAUCGUGAUACGAUGGAUGAAUUAUUGAAGCGUCUAAAAGAUAUUGAAGAAAAAUUAACAGUUGAAUUUAAACUCACUGAAACAGCGAAGUUAGAGGAGCAAUUAUCGACUGUUAGAAACAUGGAGUCUGAAGUGAAAUCAAAUCAAAAGACAUUGGACAAUUUGAACAAUAACGCUGAUAAAAUUGUGAAAUCUUUAACUAAACCAAAGGCUGAACAACUGCGGCGUAGUUUGACUGCACUCAAUGACAAAUAUAAGGAAGUGAUAUUGCUGUUGGAAAAACGUCAAAAUCAAAUAGCUAAAGGUAUCAAUCAAACUCGACAAUUUCAGAGCGAGAUUGCUGGCUUAAUGAAAUGGAUUCGUGAUGUCGAGAGUUUUAUUCAGGAGCAAGUUAUCGAUGGGGAUCCUGAAUCGCUGGAGUUACAGCUGGACCAGUGUGAGGCGUUACAAGGCGAUAUUGGUAAACUUCAGCGAAAGAUGGAUUCGCUUCAAGAGACUGGUACCUACAUCACCAACAAAUCCGAGCCAUCUUACGUUGCCAAGGUGAAGAAACAGCUGGCAGAACUCAAGACAAACUGGGCGGUCGCUGUUAAGCAGUCGAACGAACAGAAAGAGAAACUUUCCAAGGCUCUCAACGAUGCUGAAAAACUCGACCAAGACAUCAAAACAAUAGUCACGUGGAUGAAACAUGCGCGAGCAGGUAUCGAAGACGAUGAAAGUACUUUGCAGCAUGCUGACGUAACCCAAGAGAGAUUGGAUCACUACAAGGAAGUUUUGCAUGAAGUAAGCAAGAAUAACUCAGCGGUUGCCAGCAUCAACACAACUGCAAACAAAAUCAUUGCAAGAUCGGAUAAAACUGCUGCUACAAAUCUUCGUGAAAGGAUCAAGAAGUUUAAUACAGAUUGGACUGAACUAAAGACUUUAUUAAACAAGAAACAACAAGAGGUUCUUAAGCUGCAAUCGGAAAUAAAAACAUUUGACCGUGCUAUUGAUAGAGAAACUGAGAGGAUUGGGGAGAUUCAGAAGGACGUACAGGCUUGUUAUGAAUCAGUGGGCAAAGAUGAUGUAAUUAUGGAAAAAUCUCUUGAGACGUUGCAGCGUCGCAUGGCAGAACUCGACGAGGAGGGCCCGUCAUCACCGGGUGCACUUGGUCAGCAGUUGAUUACUAAAAAGGUUGCUAUGGUAACUGUCAAACAACGUCUACAAGAGUAUCAGACUCUUUUAAGUGAUCUUAAGGAACGAGUAAAGAAAAUAGAACAAAUCCUUGAAGAAGAGCUUGGUCGCCGUGAGAAGUCGAAGAAAGAUAUUGGGUUGAUUAAGAUAUGGAUAACGAAAACUAUUCAGAUGAUUGAAAGACGGCUGGACAGUAGCGAGCCUGUAGACAUUGCUACAAUUGACGAGUUGAAGGCAGGCUUUGUCGAACAUGAAAAAAUGUUGGAAAGUUUGGAAAAACAAAAUCGCGAAUUAAUGGCAAACGCAUCAGAGAAACAGCAGAAAGAAGUGAACGGUGCAAUGGAAGAUGUUCACGUGCAAUGGAAGUUAAUGAAAACCAAGUUUGAGGAAUUGAAAUCUCGACCUUCGCGUGAAAUGGAAUCAGAGUUCGCAUUUUAUCAUGGACAGAUAUUGUCAUCUAUUGAUGGUAUUGCAAGACGCUUGAAGAAAAUACGAUUAACGUCAUCUGAACCAGCAGAGAUCAGGAAACAGCUGAAUGAAUGCAAACAACUUCAAGACGAUAACAAGGAGUUGAAGAAAACCAUUGAGACAUUCUCUAAGACAGGUCACAAAAUCAUUGCCGGCAUCCCUGAUGCUUCCAAGAAAUCCGAAAUUCAGAAGCGUAUUGAUGAAGUUGUUGUACAGCAUGGUGAGAUGGAGAAAAAGCUUUACAAAAAAGAAAAGGAAUUUACUGAAGCACUUGAGUUGUCGGAGGAUGUUGAGAACAACUUGUAUGAGAUCGAGAGAUGGUUAAAAGAUACAUCACUGGAACUGAACAGAAAGAUUCAAGGAGGAUUUCCUUCUGAUGUUGAUGCAGAACUCGUUUGGAAUAAGAAUCUUAUCCAUCAAUUGACGCGAAAAAUGGCAGAGGUUCAGAGCGUUUCUCAGAAAGGUCGUGAACUUGUCGACCUUUCGGAAACUGCUCAAUUGGACAACCUUGAAGAUCGUAUAAAUCACGUGAAUGAACUAUGGGAAGACUUGAGCUCAUUGGCUGAGAAACGACAAACGACUUUGCAACAUCAAAAGAAACAGGUAACAGAUUUCGAAAAGAUCGUUGAAGAACUCAAGGUUUGGGUCGAAGGUGUUGAUAAAGCUCUUGCAGAAUUGGAUAGAAAUGAAAUAGAAAACAAUUUCAUUGAGGCGAAAAGAGAGUUUAACAACAUUAAACUGGAUGUGGAGACUAAAGAACAAAAGUUCGACGAAAUGAAAUCUCACAGCAUGGAUUUCGUGAAAUCAGGAACAAACAUGAUGGAGCCUUACCGCCGUCUUCUCGAACGGCGAUGGGACAAUAUUCAAAUCAAAAUGAAGGAGUUAGAGUACGCUUUGAGAUCUCAUAAAGAACAGAAAGGAGAACAACCUGUUGAUGAAGGUGUUACAAUGACUAAAAUGAUUGCUGUACAAAGCUCGGCACCAGACUCCUCCUCGGAUGAUUUAUGGUGGAGUACAGAUGAAGUUGUACCCCAUAAGAAUAUUGACGACGUUGGUCGUUCAAUACGAGAGAUUUUAAUCGAGAUUCGUACAAUUCAAGAAAUCACUGAAACGAUAAAGGUGACACCAAGAGCCAAACAUGAUGACGAAAUCAAACAGAAAAUUAAGACAAUAAAUCUCCGUCUGGAUGGCCUAAGCCCGAAGAUAGACCGUGUUUUGUCCGAGGGUCGUGCGGUUGUUGAUCGUGAACCUGACCAAUCUAAAAAACGCGAAGUUCGAGAGGAGUUAUUGAAGCUAUCUGCUCAAUGGUUACAGCUGUGUGAUACUUACAGCAGGAAAAUCGUGAUAAUUAAUCCUCAAUGGUACCAGUUUAGAAGUAACGUUCCCAGUACUAAACUAUGGAUAAAUUACAUGGAUAAACAACUAAGAUACGUUCAACCAGAGUCUCACAAGAGCGCAUUGAAUGAUGACGAACUUCACGAAGAGGUGUUGGAAAUUGUGGAGAAGAAAGUGGAUGACCUUCAAGAACGUGGAGUUGAUAAUAUGCCCGAGAAAGAUUUUGUGACCAUGCGCAAGAAAUUACAGUUGAUUAGUAACCGCUUCAACGAGUUUAAAAAACCUCAAGGUUAUAAAAUUUGUAUUUAUACUGGAGACGACAAAGAUUCUGGAACUAAAGCUAAUGUUUACAUGAAAUUAUUUGGAAACAAAGGAGAAACAGAUCCAGUACAGUUGCGAAAGUCUGAAACCAACGAUGUACAGUUUCAACCAGGGCAGGUCGAUGUCUUUACCCUAUCCGGCAUUCCUUCUGUUGGUGUGAUUGAGAAACUCAGAAUAUGGCACGAUAACACGGGACCUGAUCCUUCGUGGAAACUUCGUAGUGUCUCGGUGCAAGAUCGUAUUACUGGCGAUGUUUACCUAUUCGGCUGUUACAGUCUGCUCAGCAAAGAUGAAGGAUCAAUUCUUGGUGAUAUAAAAUGUGCUGGAAAAGCAGAACCCAAAGAAGCAGAAGAUGCAAUGAUGGGUCGUCAUAGAUUGCUGACAGUUUCGUGGCGUGAAUACACUGCUCCAAAAGAACAACCUGAUGAGGUUGACGCUGGCCUACGUAUGUCACCUGGAUGGAAAUAUGUUGAUGAGAUCAAACGAGUGUUCGAGAAAAUCCGUGCCAUUGAAAAUGAUCUUGUAUCCUCUGAACUUCAUGGUGGCGAUUAUGAAGAUUUUGCCAAACAAGAAGAUAAAAUCAUGAAAAUUGGUGUUGAUAUUGAUACUCUUCGUCCUGAAGUGGACUCUAUCUUUGACCGCAGCGAGACUGAAGUCCAGGACUGCUCGGGUAAAGAAGCUGAGGCGAUUGAGCAAGCAUUAGAUAAGGUUCAAUCUCGCUGGAGUAAGCUGAAUCGAGAAUUCAAAACUCGCAAAGCACGCUGGGAAAAUGCAGUUCAGAUCUGGCAGACUUUCCAUAGAGAUAUUAAUGAUCUUACGUCUUGGAUAAAUAGUGCUGAAAAGAUUAUCCGAGAGAGCAAACUGCCUUCCGGAGAUCUUGACAUUGAUCGAGCUAAGCAAGAACAAGGGCCUUUGGAGCAAGCAAUUGCUGACAACGAACCCACCGUAGCAGCUGUAAACAGGACAGGGAAUGAGAUUAUUAAACACUCCAGUGUAGUUGAAGCAGAAAUCCUUCGUGAUAAACUUGACUCUCUCAAUAAACGCUGGAAGAUUAUUUGUACAGAGAUCGCGGAUAGACGUGAAAGGUUCCAUGAAGAAGAUAUGGAGUAUGAGGAGUUCGCUGAUGAAUGCCGGGAUCUAACUCAAUGGAUGAAUGAAGUGGAAGUAUCGUUGGCUCAGCGCGAUCCAUCUCCCGCUGAUCUUGAUGGACUGCAGCAUCAACUUGCUCGUGUCAAAGAUAUUGAAUAUGAAAUGGUUGGAAAGGAAGAAACAGUUGUUUCCAUACGUAAAACAGGACAACGUCUACAGACAAAACCAAUCUUAUCCAAACCGUCAAAAGAAGACGUCAUAAAACGCAUGGAAGCAGUCGAGACCCAAUGGCAGAGUAUUAAAGUGGCCGUACCUUAUAAACGGAAUUCUUUGGAAGAUCGUAUUAGUGACUUGAACAAAUUUAAUGUUGAUCUCGACAAACUAUACUUGUGGACAUCUAGCACUAAAGAUCUCAUAGAUAACGAAGCAAGUCUUGGAAAAAAAGACGACAGAUUCUUAGAGGAAAUUGAACGGAAUCUAACCAACAAGAGCUCGAUGUAUGAUCAUGUUAACAUGAAGUAUGAAAAGUAUCAAGAAGAAAGCCUUUUAUCAACUAGCGCUAUUCCUAACUCGAUGCACGAAAAGUGGCGAAAAAUGAAUGCGGACUGGGGAACAAUCUCUCGUUUUGUUGAGCAACCUUCAAUGACGAUUGUUGUUGAGAAAACUACUGUUUCGUUUGCAACGCCAGAUAUACUUGUCUCGCACUUUGAUGAAGAUAAGACUCCAUGGCCUAAGUUUGACAAAGCUGUUUCAGAGCUUCAUGACUGGCUCUCUAUUGUUGAAGAAGUCAUUAAAAGUCAACGCAUCAUGCUUGGUAACGUUGAUGAAAUGGAACGAUUAACGAACAAACAGAAACAGUCUGUGGAGGACGAACUUCGUGGUAAACAGUAUCUUCUGAAUGAUAUUUCUGAAAUGAGUCUUAAACUCGAGGAAGAGACAGACGAUGAGUCCCAUAAGAACAUAUUGCGUCAACAGGUCCAGUCUCUCAAGGAUCACUGGCACAGGGUCCAACAGCAGUCUAAUGAAUGGUUAACACGGAUAAACCUGAUGUGGGAUUUGUGGAGACAAUAUGAACAGAUCAAAACAGAUCUGGAAGCAUGGCUUACCAAGGCAGAAGAAAAAAUGGUGAAAAUUUGGAAGGCGUCUGGAAAUACUGUCGCGGAACUGGAAGAACUACUGACAAAUCAUAAGAAUUUUGUGGAUGAAGUCGAGAGCUGCCGACCGCUUGUAGAUAGGUUGGAUGAUGUUGGUAACGAAUUAAUACGAGAAUUCCCCGAGCAUAAUCCGAGUGAAAUUCGGUUAACUUCACAUCGUGAUACACAACGUUACAACAAACUGGCUUCAAGUUGUAACGAGUGUAAAUACAAGUUGGAAGAACAGUUGAAUCGCCUUGUUCAGUUUCACGAGAGCAUGAUUGAAGCACUCACUUGGCUCACUUCAACAGAAUCAAAAAUUGCUGAGUUGGAUAGUGCGGCCGAUGCAGCUGAAGAACACACCGAUCGCUCAUCUUUGAAAGAAGAACUAAAAGUUUUAGAAGUGGAUAUUAACAACCACCAAGAAACUUUUGCUUCUCUAAACGAGACAGGUCAGACAGUAAUGUGUGAUCUUGAAUCAGGAGAGGUUCUUACUGCUCUUCAAUCCAAACUUGAUGAUAUAAAUGAUCGAUGGAACAGUCUCAAUGCAAGGUUAAUUGAUGUUGGACACAAACUCGAUGGAGGCGCAACGGAAUGGACACAGUUAUUCCUCGAUUUAGAAGAGAUAGUUGACUGGAUAAAUCGAGCUAUCCAGGAGUUGGAGGCUCAGAAACCAGUGGGCAAUGACAUUGAAACUGUCAACGUUCAACUAGAGACACAUCAGGCUUUCAGAAACAAAUUGAACAUGCAACGCUUAGUUAUUGAUCGCGCAUUGGAGUCUGGGAAACGCCAUCUUGAAAAUUACGACACCUUUCAAUCAGCAUCGUCAUCGCGAUUGCACCUUGCCGAGAAUCUCCGAAGUCAAUUGAACAUGAUCAGAGAACGUUGGCCAAUCUUAGUGAAAAAUAGUGAAACAUGGCAAAAGACGCUUGAAGAAGCUUUGAGAUUGUUGAAACUCUUGGAAAAGAACGUGUAUGAUUUGGAUCAAAAACUUGACGAAGCUGAGAAUUACAGUAAUAAAUGGACAUACGUGACCAUUGAAAAUGCGCAAGACGAGGCUGAUAACAUGAAGCACUUCCACACCAUCAUUUCCCCCAUACAAGGUAUGUUGGAUGACGUGGAUGGAACUGAGAAUAACUUACGUAAGAAUCACGUGACUUCCCCGCCAAUGUGGCAGACACGUCUUGACGGAAUGCAUCGUCGUUGGAAAGAACUGGAAAUUAAGAUGUCGAACCGUGAGAAUACGAUUCAAGAUAAACUCGCACAAGGACCCCUACAAAUGAGCGUUGUUGAUCCUUGGGAAAGAGCAAUUUCUGCAAACAAAGUUCCAUAUUACAUCAACCACAAGACAGAGACCACUCAAUGGGAUCAUCCUAAAAUGACUGAUCUCUAUCAUCAAUUGGCUGAAAUAAACGAUGUCAAAUGGAGCUCUUAUAGAACGGCAAUGAAAUUACGAUGCAUUCAGAAAGUUGUUGGAUUGGAUAUGGUUGACAUAAACGUCGUCAUUGAGGCUUUCAAGUCUCACAAUCUUUGUGGUUCUCAUGAAGACAUAAUUGGAGUCUCAGAAAUUGUGAAAGUUUUGACUUCCAUCUUUGAACAACUUGAACGAAACAAUGGACAGACUGUCAAUAUUCCUUUGUCAAUUGAUCUCAGUUUGAACUGGAUAUUGAAUGUUUAUGAUAGUGGUCGUAUCGGUAAAAUUCGGGAAUUUUCAUUCAAGAUUGGUUUGAUCAGCAUGUCUCGAGGUCCACUGGAUGAGAAGUAUAAACAUCUUUUUUAUCUUUUUGCCGAUUCCUCUGGUCACGUGUCACCGAAAAAGAUGGGAUUACUCCUUCAUGAUCAAUUGCAGAUUCCUAAACAACUUGGCGAGGCUGCAGCAUUUGGUGGCAGUAACAUUGAACCGAGUGUAAGAAGCUGCUUUGAAUGGGCCAAGAAACCAGAAGCUGUCACAUUAAAUCAAUUCUCGCAAUGGCUUGCAAAGGAACCACAAAGCGUGAUUUGGUUGCCUACUCUUCAUCGUCUUGCAAGCUCUGAAGGCGUCAAGCAUGAAGCAAAAUGUCAAAUCUGUAAAGAAUAUCCUAUUGUUGGUCUUCGCUUCAGAUCUCUUAAGUCUUUCAACUACGACCUCUGCCAAAGCUGUUUCUUCUCUGGGAGAACAUCACGUGAUCAUUUAGUCACACAUCCAAUGCAUCAAUAUUGUCUUUCGACAACAGGACCAGAGGAUGUCAAAGAUUUCUUCAAAGUUGUCAAAAAUAAAAUGAAGCCUCGAAAAUACAAGAAUAAACCUCCAAAGCAUCUUGGAUAUCUUCCUGUUCAAACAAUCAUGGAGGGUGCUAAUCUCGAGACACCAGCUUCCCCUCCCCCGGGGCAUAACCAGGAUAUGCACAAUAAACUGGGAAUGUACGCCAAUCGGUUGGCUGAUCUUGAAGCUGCUGCAGAAUACAGCACGCCUCAGAAGAAAGGAAAGAGUAAAACAAACAAUGAUAUCUAUGACGAACAUAAACUAAUAGCAAAAUUUUGUAGAAGUUUGGACUCGUCUUCUAUUCCCAAUCAACCGCGAAGUCCAGCUCAGAUAUUGAAAGAGCUGGCUGAAGAAGAGAAAGAGGACUUGGAUAAGACUAUUACUGAUCUUGAAGAUGAAAAUAGAACUCUUCUUGAGGAACUUUCCCAGUUGAAGUCAUUGACAACAAGUCGUGAUGGUCAUCAAAAAGAUCGUGAAAAUGAUGUCAUUGAUGAGAUCAAGCUUUUGCAACAACAUAAAGCACGUCAUGAGUCACGUGUGAAAGUGUUAGAAGACCACAACAGACAAUUGCAACAGCAAUUAGCAAAAUUGAAACAACUUUUGGAACAGCCAUCGGAAAAAUCCACGUCACCUAUAACACGUGCGUCCUCCGCUGGAUCAAUGAAAAGGCCUGGUUACAACAAUGAUUCUACUGCUGGUGAAAGUGAUGGUGAUGGCGGUGUACAAGAUCCUGAGUUGCGUCAGGUGAUGGAUAAAAUCAACACGUCCUUUCCUCAUGAUCGAGGUUCCUCUGAGGACAGUUCAAAGAAAAUGUGAUGGGUGAUGAAAAACGAUGAUUAUACUGUUUAGUUUUUUAAAUGGUGCAAUACUUUAUUUUACAUUGCUACUUGAAAAUAUUAGUUUCUAAUGUUGGUAUUGAUAUAACCUUGAUAUAGUAGUUCAUACUUUGAAACUUGUAAUAUUUAGAUCGUUUAUAUUUACAAAAUUUAUUCUUUA